AAGGUGCGACUCCUUGAUCUCCAACUUGUUCCUCUUCAAUCGCAGACUUUUCGAACCCUAAUUUCUUCUGCUCUGUGAAUUUCUAACUCAAUCGAUUGCCCAAUCUGAUAAUUUUGACUUUGAUCAUCUUUAUCUUUCUCAGUUUUUCAAAUUUGCAUGGAUGGCCAAGGAAGACAUCCUCCACCUCAUCAUCUAAGGCAUCCGAUUCCAAUUCCAAUUCCCGUUAUGCCGCCGCCGCCUUCUGCUCAACCUCCCUUCCCUCCCUUCAACAACAUGCUCCCUCCACCUCAACUCAUGGAGCAGAAGCUCGUCACGCAGCACGGCGAAAUGCAGCGGCUAGCGAUAGAGAAUCAGAGGCUCGCCGCUACGCACGGUAACCUAAGGCAAGAGCUAGCGGCGGCGCAGCACGAGCUGCAGAUGCUGCAUUCCCAGAUCGGGUCGAUCAAGUCCGAGGGGGAGCAAAGGAUGAGCGGUUUGGCGGAUAAAGUCGCGAAGAUGGAGGCCGAGCUGAGGAAGUCCGAGGCUUUGAAGAUGGAGAUGCAGGAGGCGCGUGGAGAGGCGCGUGGGUUGGUGGUGGCGAGGGAGGAGCUUAUGUCUAAAGUGCAUCAGUUGACUCAGGAGAUUCAGAAGUCUCGUGGAGAGGUGCAGCAAGUUCCGGCUCUCAUGUCUGAGCUUGAUGGUUUAAGACAGGAGUAUCAGCAGUGCAGGGCAACGUAUGACUAUGAGAAGAAGUUCUACAACGACCAUAUAGAGUCACUUCAGGCAAUGGAGAAGAACUACAUGAGUAUGGCUAUGGAAGUACAGAAACUUCAAGCACAGUUAAUGAACGGAAGAGCUGGUGGCGCUUAUGGUAACAACACCAAUGCUGAAAAUGACGCUUCUGGCCAUCCGAAUGGAACUGGUUACUACGACGAUGCUUAUGGUCACCAGGGCUAUGUUCCUCAACCAGCAGCUUGUACCGCAACUGCACCAAAUCCAGCCGUUCACACAGCUCAAUACCCUUAUCCAGGAGGAUCUCAGCCAGGAUACUUUCCUCCAAGACCCGGUUACUACUUCCCAAGAGGCCCUCCUCCUGGUUCAUAUGACCCAACUAGGUUACCCGCAGGACCACAGGGUGGUCAGUUUCCGCCUGGAUCAUCUAACAACACGCCUUAUGGUUCUGCUGCAACAACUGGUCCACGCGGAAACCCGAGUCGUAGAUGAAGCUACCUAAACAGAGUACAUGAGUAAUAAACAAGCCAUCCUCAUCCCUUGUUCAACUGUGGAAUUGUUGGUGGUUUUGGAUUUAUCUAAGUAUGGUCAAGAGAAGCUAGUGAACUUUGAAUGCGCUUAUCUGAUUUUGUGAGAGCUUCUUGACUUGAAUUUGUAAUGAGGCAGUUUUGGACAAGUUUUAACUGUGAUACUUGAGAUAAACAACAAACAAGAUAAAGUUUAUAUACUCAUUUUAAAGGA